GUGGGUGGGGCUUUUUGAGAGGCGUUGCCGCACAGCAAGGACUCGGGGAUUAUAUACCCGGUGCUAGUCUUCGAGCAGUUUCAUACAUUGCGCAUUUGGAAGCACAUAGGUGUACUGCAGUUUAAGAACAACAACAACAACAACAAAAAACAAUAAAGUAUUUCAAGAAAUAUCGACUCCGCUAUGGCUAGCUACAUCCAUGUUCCCGACGAGGCUCCCGCUGUGCCCAAAAUAGACGUGACAGUUGACGAGAACGACUACAGACCUGGUGCACUGAAACUGAUGAAGGAGCUGAGACCAAACUGGAGGCCGUCCGAGAUCAAAAUGAAGUUUUUCACAGACGGAAUAACCAAUAAACUGCUUGGCUGCUACGUGGGUGCGGCCAUGCAGGAUGUGGUUCUGGUCCGUAUUUAUGGCAACAAAACAGAACUGCUGAUCGAUAGGGAAAAUGAGGUGAAGGGUUUCAGAGUACUGCAUGCACACUGCUGUGCCCCACACCUUUACUGUACCUUCAACAAUGGUCUUUGCUAUGAAUUUCUGCAAGGAACUGCACUGGAGCCUGAGCACAUUCGCAGCCAGCCUGUUUUCAGGCUUAUUGCUAGGCAGCUGGCCAAGUACCAUGCCAUACACGCCCAUAAUGGCUGGUUACCUCAGUCUGACUUGUGGCUGAAGAUGGGCAAGUACUUUACGCUCAUCCCCAAAUCCUUCAAGGACCCUGAGCAGAAUACCAGGUUGAGCAGGGAGGUUCCCAGCGCACGGAGCCUCAGAGAAGAGCUGUUGUGGCUCCAGCAGAGCUUGUCUGUGCUCGGCUCCCCUGUCGUUCUCUGCCACAACGACCUUCUCUGCAAAAACAUCAUCUAUAACCAGAAGGAAGGGAAUGUAAAGUUCAUUGACUACGAGUACACUGGGUACAAUUACCAAGCCUAUGACAUUGGGAACCAUUUCAAUGAGUUUGCUGGCCUUAAUGAAGUGGACUAUAGUCACUACCCUGAGCGGGACUUUCAGCUUCAGUGGCUGCGUUCCUAUCUCGAAGCCUAUAAGGAACACAAAGGCCAAGGUAGUGCAGUCACUGACAGAGAAGUGGAGAUCCUCUAUGUCCAGGUCAACCAGUUUGCCCUGGCUUCUCAUUUUUUCUGGGGUCUCUGGGCUCUGAUUCAGGCCAGAUUCUCCACCAUCGACUUUGACUUCUUGGGAUAUGCAGUCCUGCGGUUUAACCAGUAUUUCAAGAUGAAACCAGAAGCGGCUGCACUAAAAUUACCAGAAUAAAAGCCCGCACCUCCCUCAUCGUCGUCUCCUCCUCGUCCUCAAACCUGCUCGGCACCUCACACGAUGACCUCAGAGUGCCCUCUAGAGGUCCCUGUUGAGAAGAGCCAGAGUCUGAGUCCAGUUUAGUUCCUGAAGAUCCCCUCUAAAGUCCACAUCCAUAAAGACUGAAUGGGCAAUGAUAAACACGGUUAAUCAGGAUAAAGCCCAUACUGUCAAUAUGGGUGUGUAAAGGACUGAUUUUAAGACCCGCUAUAAUGUGAAGCCCACUUGGUUAAAUUUAUUUUCAUUAUGAAUUCGGUUGAUAUUUGCAUAUCAGCUUAUUGUAUUUAUAAGCAACUCUUCAGAUGGCUCAGAUCUGUCUAAGGCAGAGAAGAAGCAUCAUGUGAGCCACAGCAAAUACAUGGCAACUACCAGCAUUAUUUUUUGUCUUUCUUUAAAGGUUGCCCAGACAUUAAUCUGACUGCCUAGACACCUUCCUAAUAUCACAUUCAUGGGGAAAGCCCCUCAGAACCAGCCAAGGCAUAGACCAAAUUUAUGACAACAGGCAAAUAAAGCCUGCUUUAUUUGCCAAGGAUCCAAGAUAAAUGGUAGAAAAUGCUAACAUGGAAAGGCCGGUCCUGUCUCUCAAUCCCAUGUGAUAGGAGCCACGCCACACCAAAAACACUUGUGGUCUGUCUUGUGACUCUUGUUUUCACCCUUAUCACCCCCCCUACAUUUCCUGUCCAUGCAUGGGUGGUGCCUGAGAAUAGCCAUGUAGUAAAUAUUUUGCUUUGUAAAGGUAGAAAACCGAGUUUCAGGGGAGCAGCUUGUGUUUACCUCUAAAAUCUUCCUUAAAUGAAAUAGCUGUAGAUCAUUGAAAAGCCAUUUGGUUUGACGGCAGUUCUCACUGUACUUGUAGUUUUGUUACUUUUGACACUUUUGUUAACUUGGGUCAAAGAUACAUUUCACUGUAAUUUUUACAUUCCACACUUGUAGUACUAGACAGUAAAAUUGAUGGAUUUCACGUGGUAAGUUAGCAGUGUCCAUCCUGUUAGGGAAGGAUUUGGAGUCUUCAUCAGGACUGAGCAUUUUGUGAACACGUAGACCGAUUCUCAUUCAGGUGUGUGUGACGUGGCCUUGCUGGCUGUCAGAUUUUUGAAGCACAGUUGGGAUUCAUCAUGUUAAACAAUGAAUGUUAAAUUAAUGGUAUGGAAAAGUGGAAUUUUGGUAAAAGGAAGUCAAACUGAUUAUCUCAGGCUGCCAGUGGAACUUGAAGAUAAUUUUUAACAGCAAUAACUCUUGGAGUUGGUAAAGAACUCUUUAAACAAACUGUUUUUAAAAGAAUCUUUUAAGAACUUUUAUUAAAACUAAGAAAGUGUAGCUCUCGGUGAUUUAACAAGCAGACACCAAAGUGCUGAUUGCCGUAAACACUAUCAUUUGUAGCACAAAGAAUUGGAAUAAAAACUACUUUGGAUCAUUAAAAGUGAAGACUAUUUAUGCAUUUAUUUUAUUUUUUUAAUUGGAAAAACACUUGCAAGAAAAAUGUUUAGAAGAACCUAAGAGUUUCAGAUCCCUAAACUGUUUAAAUGUGACCUUGACACAGCAAAUAUUGCAACUGGUUUUUGUUUACUCCAAAACAAAAUCACACGUUUGCAGAGCUCAGUGAAAGCACAGUUAUUGACACAAAGUUGUCCACUCAUGCAGUUAUGAAUAGAUAUAGAAGUGUCAGUCUGCCUCUGUGCCUUUUUUAAGUCUUAUUUUUCACUCAAAGUAAUGAACUUUUGAAAGUAAGGAUUAUUACUCUUCUGUUUUUAAUUAAGUGUUGCUUUUUUAUGCUGGAGGAUUAAGAUGGAUGGAUGAUAAAAUUCUCUUGGACCUAGGGUAAAUUAGAAAUUCUUGCCUUUUAACCUGUGACUUACAAAAGCAACCAUCUACAUAGUGGUAAAGGGUUUUUAAUUUACUGGUUUGGAUUGUGCUGAGGGAAAAUUUCUAAAGGGUCUCUUGGAAAGUUGUUUGGAGUAUUAAGAUAGUAGACAGACAAAGUGUACAAAAAAAUCCAUCUGAAUAAUUAAACUGGAUGAGUGCAUUUUCUCUGUAAAUCGAGUAAUCUAGUCUUUUAACUUGAACCACUACAUCUUAGAAAUGCAUUUAUAUUUAACAUUAUUGGAGGGUAGAAGGUUAAUCUCUGGCCACUGUAGCAUAUGUUUAUAUGUAUAACAAACGUAAUGAUAGCUUCUUUUUUUUUUCUUAUGUGAAUAGGUGUAAAUAGAGGGAGGUUUUUUUGUUUUUUUUUUCUAAGAAAUGAAUUAAGGUGAAAAACUGCUCGAUAUAAAGAGUGAAACUGGAAAAACUAAAUAUGCUUAAAAAUAAAGUAUAUUUACAUUUA